AUCUUUGAUUGGUAUUCGCUUCAGACUUUUUGACAUUACGUCAACCAACUUAACCUCACUGAAAAAAAAUAACAAAAACAAGACACUAUUUAAAUUGAAAUGUUUUUAGUUGUUAUUAAUAAAAUAUAAGAUGGAGAAUUUAAAUCGACAUGUGACAAAAUGUCAAUGUGAAAAUGAACAUGAAGAUAUAGUAAAAUACUUAUUAGAUGAAACUAAAGACUUGUACAACUUUAGAGAUAGAUAUUUUGAAACUCAUAAUAUCGAUGAAGCAAUUAACAAGGAAGAAGACAUAGAGAAAUUACUUAAAAAGAAACUAGAAAUUUUUGAGGAUCAUGAAAAAUUGAUUACAGAUGAGAAUAGAGCAAAAUACAAUUAUUUAAAAGGAAAGUUAUUAAAUGUGACUCCAUUUUAUAAUAAAGAAGCCGAAAGUUUAUUAUCAAAAAGUAUUAAACUGGAUCCCAAGUUAGUAGAUGCUUGGAAUGAACUUGGGGAAUGCUAUUGGAAGAAUGAUGAUCUAAAGAAGAGUAUCAACUGUUUUGAAGGAGCUUUAAAAGAAAAUAAGAAUAAGUAUUCUUUGAGAAAUUUAUCUAUGUUAUUGAGGCAGGAAGUAUCGAAUUCUAGAGAAGAGAAAAUUGGAAACAUUGAAAAGGGUUUAAAGUAUGCCAAAGAAGCAGUUCAGCUAGAUCCACAUGAUGGAUUAUCAUGGACUGUAUUGGGAAAUGCAUAUCUUUCAUCUUUUUUUGGAAUUCGACAAAAUCCAAAAAUUUUAAAACAAUGUUUGAGCGCUUAUGCUCAAGCGGAAAAAGACAUUAUUGCAAAAAGUACUCCAGAUCUUCAUUACAAUAAAGGAGUGACUUUAAGAUACGAAGAAGAAUUCAAGUUAGCAUUAGAAUCUUUCAAUAAAGCUUCCAUGUACAAUCCGACUUGGGAUCCCCCGAAACUAAAAGAAACACAAUUGGUUCAAUAUUUGAAUGAUAUAAAAGAAUUUGUUUCGACAUCAGGCAAAAUGAAAGCAAAACGGUUAAAUCAAUUACUACAGUCUAUAGAUUCCAAACAAUUAGGACCUUACGAGGGAGGUAGUUACACAUCACCGAAUGAAAUUAAAGUCAAAUUAGUAGAAACCAAAUUGAAAGAACUUAAAAAUGGGUUAAAUGAAGAAGUGGUAGUGUUAGGAAAAGUUGUAUGUUCCGUCAGAAACGAAGACAUAGUACCUUUUACGUUUUGUAUGGUGGAUAAGGACGGUACUUGUGUAGUAGUUACAAUUUUCAAUUUAGCUGCUGGUAAGGGUGUUAUAAUAGGAGAUUCAGUGGCUAUAGCAGAACCAUUUGUGACAGAUGUCGAUUUUAAUUAUAAAAAUGUGGACUACAAAUUUAGAUUGAUUCGUGUUGAAAAUCCAGUGAUAUUAAUCGUGAAUGGUAAAAAGCUGAAGAGAGAAAUACAAGCCGAUGUCCAAAUGUCAAUAUUUAAAAGAUCUGACUGAUAUUAUUUCUUAGAAUAUAUACUUAAUCUUAAUAACAGCUUUAAAUUGAUAAAUAAUAAUCUAAAUAGAUUUUAGAACAACUAGAACAUGUAAAUAUUAUUUUUUUUAAUAAACACAUUUCUUAAUAA